UUCAGUUUUCUGACAAAUGAGCUCGAAAUCGGUUGUAAGACUAAAACGAAGAAUUUAAAAUUUUGUUGGAAAAAAUCGCUUAUAUCAACUUCCAAAAAUGAAACAGUUUAUUAUAGUCGUAUUUGUAUCAGUUAUUGUAUCAAUUAGCGGCUUGCAGUUUAAAGAUUGUGGUUCUAAAAUAGGAAAGUUUACUAAAGUUGUUAUAUCUGGCUGUGACACAACAAAAAACGACUGCAUACUCAAACGGAACACUUCUGCUUCAAUUUCAAUUGAAUUGAUGUUAUCUGAAGAUGUUCAAACAGUCACAACAGUGGUCCAUGGAAAAAUAAUGGGUGUUGAAAUGCCAUUUCAUUUAGAAAACCCAGAUGCUUGUGUUAAUAGUGGGUUAGCGUGCCCCCUGAUAAAGGAUAAUAGCUACAGCUACAGAGCAACUUUACCUGUGCUAAAGGCCUAUCCAAAAGUAACCGUUGAAGUAAAAUGGGAAUUGAAAGACCAGAAUAACGAAGAUAUCAUAUGUGUCCUUAUUCCUGCCAAAAUUCAAUAAAAGUUGAAAUAACUCGUGGGAUGCUGAUUGUUGAACGAGAUAUAAUAUUAAUUUUAAAUGUUAAGAAAUUUUCAUUGUACUGUUAAUUUGCAUGUCAUUUGAUGAUUUUGAAGCAACAUACGAAUUAUAUUCACAGAUUUAACUGACCAAAAAACAAA